GAAAUUGUCGAUGAUUAUCGAGUUUUGCGGGUUUCGAAACCUGCGAAGCUCGAGGGACGAGAUCGUGUCGUAGAACGCGAUUCGAGUGCCGAGGUGGUGGUUGUGAUGCCGCGAUUUCGAUCGGCGGGCAUUGUGGAGCGGGCGGGAGGUCUGUUCUGCCGCUGAGAGACGGAAUGGAGGGAGAGCGGACGAGUUGAAUGUGGGCGUCGCAGCACUUCUGAGCGCGUGCGCGUUCGUAUUUUUUGCCCGAUUUUGGGUGUACAGGAAGGUUGAUCCGACAUGCCUUCGAUUCCGCAGGAUUUGUAUCCCUCUGAGGAGGAUUUGCUCUAUGAGGAAGAGAUUUUGAGAAACCCUUACAGCUUGAAGCUGUGGUGGCGCUACCUGCAAGCUCGUCGUGAGUCGCCUUUCCGUAAGCGCUCUGUCUUGUUCGAGCGGGCCUUGAAGGCUUUGCCCGGUAGUUACAAAUUAUGGCACCGAUAUCUGAGGGAAAAGAUGGAGGGCGUUCGGGGACUGCCCCUCACGCACUCCUGGUACGAGAAUUUGAAUAACACGUUCGAGAGGGCUCUCGUAACCAUGCAUAAAAUGCCGAGGAUAUGGAUUCUUUACCUUCAGCUUUUGAUGGACCAGAAGUUUCUGACCCGGACUCGACGGACAUUUGAUAGAGCUUUAUGCUCAUUGCCAGUAACUCAACAUGAUCGGAUUUGGGAGCUGUACUUGAAGUUUGUCGGUCAGCCCGGCGUCCCCAUUGAGACCGCUCUCCGAGUGUACAGAAGGUACCUGAAGUUUGAUCCGACUCACGUGGAAGAGUUCAUAGACUUUCUAUUGGAGUCAAAAUUGUGGCAGGAGGGAGCUGUGAAGUUAGCUCAGGUUUUGAAUGAUGCGAGCUUCCAAUCCAUCAAAGGAAAGUCCCGACACCAGCUGUGGCUUGAGCUUUGCAAUCUGCUCACCGUGCACGCCCGCGAAGUCUCUGGGUUGCAGGUUGAUGCAAUCAUCAGAGGAGGAAUCAGGCGUUUUACUGAUGAGGUCGGGCGCCUGUGGACAUCGCUCGCUGAUUAUUACAUCAGGAGAAGCUUGUUUGAAAAGGCGAGAGAUGUCUUCGAGGAGGGUAUGACCAGUGUUACUACCGUGAGAGAUUUCAGCUUGAUCUUUGAUUCCUACACGCAAUUUGAAGACAGUAUGUUGAUGGCUAAAAUUAAGGCGUUGGAAGAUGAAGACGAGGAAGGAGCGGACCUGAAGCCACAAGUGAAUGGGGCUGGUGGGAAAGAUGAGAAGACGAAGUCACGAAAGUCAAAGACAUCCAAGGGGAACUGGGAAUCUGAAAUUCUCUCGGACUUCUGGUUGAAUGAUGCCAAUGAUAUAGAUUUACGACUCGCCAGAUUUGAAAACCUUAUGGAUCGGCGUCCAGAGCUAGUCAGCAGUGUUCUGCUGAGGCAAAAUCCUCAUAAUGUUCAUGAGUGGCACAAGAGAGUUAAAUUGUUCGAGAACAAUCCAGGUCGUCAAAUUUUGACCUACACGGAAGCUGUGAAAACCGUCGAUCCCUUCAAAGCUGUUGGAAAGCCUCACACGUUGUGGGUCGCCUUCGCCAAAUUGUACGAAGCUCACAACGAUAUAGUGAAUGCGGAGAAAAUCUUUGAGAAGGCCGUACAGGUCGGUUUCAAGGCUGUGGAUGAUCUUGCAACUGUGUGGUGCGAGUGGGCAGAAAUGCUUAUUCGUCACAAGAAGUUCAAGGGUGCCCUGAAGCUAAUGUGGAGGGCAACCACAGAGCCAACUCUGGCUGUUAGAAGAACAAUUGCAGCGUCUGGAGAGGAACCAGUGCAAAUGAAAGUGUUCAGGUCCCUGAAGCUUUGGACAUUUUAUGUGGAUCUGGAGGAGAGCCUGGGAACUCUUGACGGAACACGGAAAUUAUAUGAGCGGAUUUUGGAUUUGAAAAUCGCUACUCCUCAAAUCAUACUGCAGUAUGCCUACAUGUUAGAGAGCAAUAAGUUUUUCGAAGAUGCUUUCAAAGUAUAUGAAAGAGGUGUGCAGAUUUUCAAAUAUCCGCACGUCCGAGAAAUUUGGACAACAUACCUGGUCAAGUUUGUGGGGCGCUACGGAGAGAAGAAGUUAGAACGUGCCCGUGAUUUGUUUGAGCAGGCUGUUGAAAAGGUGCCAGCGGAGGAUGCAAAGCCAUUGUACCUUCAGUAUGCAAAGCUGGAAGAGCAGCAUGGACUUGAUCGUCAUGCGAUGGCAGUGUAUGAGCGUGCAACCAAGGCCGUGGCUGACAAUGAGAAGAUGAGCGUAUAUGAAAUCUACAUAGCUCGGGCUGCCGAGUUGUUCGGGGUCCCGAAAACUAGGAAAAUCUACGAGAUGGCAAUUCAGUCAGGAUUGCCAGACAAGGAUGUGAAGGUGAUGUGUAUGAAAUACGCGGAGCUGGAGCGCAACUUGGGCGAAAUAGACAGGGCACGCGCUAUUUAUGUACAUGCGGCACAAAUGGCCGAUCCACGUUCAGAUUCUGAGUUUUGGAGCAAAUGGAAUGACUUUGAGGUGCAGCAUGGCAACGAAGACACAUUCAGGGAAAUGCUGCGAAUCAAACGUAGUGUUUCAGCCAGCUAUAGUCAGAUGCAUUUUAUUCUUCCGGAGUACCUCAUGCAACGGGAACCUGGAAAGGUCUCUCUAGAAGAAGCUGUGGACACUUUAAAGCGAGCUGGUGUUCCAGAGGAUGAAAUGGCGGCACUCGAGAGGCAAAUUGCCCCACCAAGGAGUCCAUUGAAAGAAGGAAUGAGGUCCUUAGGAUUUGUCAGUGGAGGAGUAGAAGAGCAGAGAGAGACAGUAACGUCUCGGAAAGCGAUGAACCCCGAAGAGAUUGAGCUGCAAGAGGAUGACGAAGAUGAUGAAGGAGGAGAAGGAGAAAACCUCGAUAUUGCUCAGAAGGCUGUACCAGACGCAGUGUACGGAGACCUAGCAAGCAAAGCUCGAGAGCUGGCGAAAGAAGAGAAAAGGGAAGCUGAAACUGAAGAGCCCUUGGGUGCUCUAGCUAGAUUGAAGAGGCAAAAGAAGCAAUGAAUAGUGCCAUAUUGCUCAUUGUAGGGUUCAGGGUAUUUUUUUCACCAGGAGGCUGUAAUAUAUUUCAGUAAAGAAUCGAUCGACCGUUGU